AUGGCGACACCUUCUUCCUCCACGACCGUCUUCCGACUCCGCCCUCAAGCUCACGGACAUCAGUUGCCCCCUCACAUUAUUGAGCGUCAUCGGCGCGUGCUCGCUGGGAUACUGCAUAAACGGUUCUUGAUUGACCGAUGGAGGCGGAAUGUCGUCAUGGCUGCCGAACCAGAACCUCGGGAGAGGCCAACCUACCAGAGCCGAUUAAGGGAGCAGUUUUUGGAACUGCGCGACGCUCUCCCUGCACCUUUAAAGCCCAAGGCGGCAGAUAGAGUAGCCAUCAUGGAAAACGCCAUGUACUAUAUUGUCGGUCUCAAAAAUGCAUUACAUGUCAUUCAAGGGAGGUCGAUGGAGAGUCUCCCGGCAUACAUCUCCCACGAGCUCCAGGGAGCAUCGCUUACACAGCAGCGAACGUAUCACGAGAAUUGCACAAUCCGGAUGCUCUGCCAAGUGGUCGAGGGCCUUUCAGGCGUCGAGAGCAAAAUACAGCUCCUCGAACAAGCGACGACGUACAUCCGCAGUCUUGAGGAGCAGUAUCAGCGCCUUCAACAAGAAAAAGAUGCCGGUCGGCAACUUCCCCCUCCCGUUACACCUUCAUCUUCAUCAAGUUCCGAAUUUUCUUUAUCCUGUCCGCCUACGCCAGAGAGAGAGACGGGGGUAAUGGAUGUUGAUGAUUAUUCAUCCGAGUCAACAGACCGACUUCCGUCCAUAUACGACAUAUUACGGGAAAAGUCUCCCCUCGACGAUCUUCAGCUCCCUCCGCUGAGAAUGUUAUCUCUCAGUGACCAGUAG